ACAGUUUACUUAUACAUCUAUUAGUCUAUCCGGGAUAUUGAGUAUAGUUGUCAUCGCAGCUUUGACGUUGGGGGUGAUGGGCCACCCCGAGCGUCCCCCCCUCGUCGACCCUACUCAGGCCAGGCAGUUGUUUCAUCUUGCCGAGAUGAACAGGACAGCAGAUGGGUUUCUCACAAAGCUGGAAGUCGCUGACAUAUUUACUGCAUUUGAUGGGAACGGUGACGGGACGAUCGCGGAGGCGGAGUUCACUGCCCACUGGCAGAGUCGGAAUCUCGGCAGCGUCCUGGCCGCCGUCUACCUCUUCCACCGCGCCGACACCGACCAGAACGGCAUCAUCACCCGAACACCCGACAUGGACAGGGUCUUCAGCUACUUCGACCUCGACGAUAACGGAAAAGUUAGCGAACCCGAGUUUGUCGUCGUUUGGGCCAGUCUGACGUCAUAACUGGAGCAUAUGCUGAAGAUAUGGCCACCAUCCUUGAAAGAUAGAAAUUAUGAGAAUAAAAAGUAAAGUAUUUUCAAAAA